CGCUUGCUUCUGAUCUACAUCUAUAGCUUCGAAGGCUCGAAAGCCAGUUUCUCAGACUUCCCAGCCCAUGUGCACACCGCCCUGACUGAUCUCUUGAGCGAGUCACACCUGAUCUACACUCGAGUCUAUCCUCGAUACAAAUCUCGCGGCGAGCUACGCACGGCCGUUGAGAAUUUCAGUGAAUGGUUGUCACCACACGUAGCUGAUGAGCUCGACGUGAUCCUACUGGGCCAUAGCCUCGGGGGCAUUCUCGCAGCCGAUGUUGCGCUUCUACCCAGCCCUUUCCCCUCACAAUCAUCACAUCGCAUUCUCGGGCUGGUCAACUUUGACGUUCCAUUCCUAGGGCUUCAUCCACAUGUGAUUCCGACAGGGCUUCGCGGGCUGUGGCAGCCUAAACAACCAGACACAGCGGCAGCCGAAACUGGCCAGCAAGAUGCUACCCUGAGCGAUAUCGAUCUAUGUGCCGCAACGGCCGCCGCAUCAGCGGGGCCGCGAUUUGACCCGCCAUUCGCCAAUGACGUGCAUCUUGUGGAGCGAGAUCGUAUCGAUGGCAUGCUUCACUUCGUCCACAAAAACCAUCACGAUCUGCCACGGUCGAUCUACAAGCGCUUGGUGUCCCCAUAUCGAUUCGCUGGCUGCUUGAACAACUAUAGGCAAUUGCGUCGACGGUAUCGCCAGCUGAUGGCGUUGGAAAUGGAGGAGAGCCCGCGUCGAGUUCGCUGGAUCAAUUAUUACACCCAGAGCACAGCAACCACCAGAACAAGCCCCCGGGGAACCGUGAUGCAGACGUGGAGUAUACUCUCGGAAGAGCAAUCGUUGGUAGUGCCCGCAGACAAUCUGGAACUCAACACAUCUUCCUCCAGUCUGGCAGAAUCGGAGGAUCAUGAUGACGUGGAGGAUGGAAGGGUGCCCUCGACGAAGGAAAUUAGUAUGGCUGCCUCCGACGACUCACCCAACAUUACUCUAGAAAAUACUCACAUUCAACGUAACAACGUUACCCCGGCUAGGAAGGAGAGAUGUAGCGGCAAGCCACGCAAAUUCGUACUUUUGCCGUCACACCAUUGGAAGCACGGAGACGAUUCACUCUGGAUCCCGGUGCCGAUGGAGCAUAUGGAUGAAGUAACGGCACACCAGUCAAUGUUUUUAUCUAACAGCGGGCAAUAUGAUCGGCUGGUUGGUGAAGUUGUAUCGCAGGUUCAAAGUUGGAUCCAGGAUGAUCUUAGUGAGAGGGCAGUUGCAGACCGGAAACCUGGAUGCUGA